AUGUUAAAAAAGGGAGCUGUACCUGCUUUGUUUGAAUGGAAUAAUUACUCCCUUCCACCUCCAAGACCCGCGGUUUGGGAGAGAAGGAAAAGACCACCUCCAGAGGACAGCGAGGAGGAAGAUAAUACAACAGCCAGUGUAGACACCCAUAAGGAUCACGAUUAUGCUGCUAGUCCAGACCCUGCAGUUGUGGAUUCAGUGCUGGAGGAAAAUAAUAAUCUCCGGGAGGAAGUCCGCCAGCUACGGGAACAGGUUGAGAGCCUGACGCUGAGGCAGCGAUUCGGCAUUCACCGUUUUGCAUCCUCCGACAAGGACAUUAGAUUCUUCACAAGGUUUGCAUCAUAUGACCUUCUGAUGCAUUUCUGGGGCAUGAUUGAGCCCUCUCUGCCAUCCAUGGUCAGUGUUCGCCAAGGACAGAGAGGAACUGCCCUCGACUCCACUCCAUCAACUUGUACUUUGCAGCCCAUCGAUGAGUUUUUCAUGUUUUUAAAUUACCUUGCCCUUGGAUCCAAGCAACGUGAUCUUGCUGACCGGUACGGUGUCCAUCAGUCCACUGUCAGCAGGAUCAUCACAACAUGGAGCAAUUUUUUAUUUACAGUCUUAGGUUCAAUUAGGAUCUGGAUACCGGAGGAACAUAUACGAAAACAUCUACCGGCAGACUUCAAACACUACCCUGACACUACAGUCAUCCUUGACUGCACUGAGCUGAGGUGUCAGUGCCCAUCUUCCCCUCUCCUCCAGAGUGAGGUGUUUUCAUCUUAUAAAUCCCACUGCACUCUGAAAGGGCUGAUUGGGAUUGCACCUCAUGGGGCAGUGACAUUCAUCUCUGGACUGUAUGCCGGGUCUAUCAGUGACAAGCAGAUCACCCGUGAAUCUGGUCUCAUCACGCUGUUAAAACCAGGGAUGGCUGUUAUGGUGGACAGGGGCUUUCUUAUUGAUGACAUUGUCCCCUGCAAAGUUUACAGGCCAGCAUUUCUGUCUGGCAGGUCUCAGAUGUCUGCUGAGGAUGUUAGAGAGACCCAGGACAUAGCACGUCUCAGGGUGCAUGUGGAGCGCCUCAUUCGCCGGGUCAAAGAGCACAAGUUACUUGACUCUGAAAUUCCCCUAGGUGUUUUUGGUAUAAUCAACCAACUGUUCACUGUUGCUUGUCUACUCACAAAUUAUGAAAAUGGCCCACUAGUAAAGGCCUGGGCAAAGAAGCCUGACAUCUGA